AUGGAAUCAUUGCUCGUUGGUGAUUAUAAAUCCAAGGUUAGCUCCGUAUUAAAUAAAAAUACUAAAGAGUAUGGCAAGGAAUUUCUAUUUGAUGGUAGUGAUGAAACAUGUUGGAAUUCACACCAAGGCUCACCACAGUCCAUAGUCAUUCAAUUUGCCCAAGAAAACGUUACAGUAAAACAAGUGAAUAUUAUGUUUCAAGGUGGAUUUGUUGGAAAAGAUUGCGAAAUUUUAAUUAUGACCAACGACUCUAAAGAUUUCGUUCACUCUUGUUAUUUUUACCCAAAAGAUAUCAAUACUACUCAAAAUUUCCCAGUCGAAUCAAAUAACACCAAUGUAAAACAAAUUAAAAUUUUAUUCCCACAAAGCACUGAUUUCUUUGGUAGAAUUACAAUUUAUAAAUUAGACAUCUUAGGUACAGCCAACUAA